GCCCCGAAGGCCGUGCAUCAAACAGCGUAUGUAGUGGUCAGUGCUUGAAUCGCCAGCUUGCGCGGCUCCUCUGACUUCUUCUCUCAACGUGUCAUAACAGGAUUGAAUUAUCUCAAUCAGUACCGCGACGCUUCACAGGUCAAAUGGCUCCCGAACUUCACAUUAUAGAGUGCAUUUGCAGACCAGCCUCUGCUCUUCAUCCGCCACCGUCUGAUAAACCCCUUCGCAUCCAGAUCGAGGGACCUUUGGUAUCCAUCGCGAAGCUAUUCCCAGACACGCCGUGGGACGUCAGCAGUGUGCCGGCGCCAUUUCCCCAACUUGCAGGGCGCCGUCUUGCGGAACUGACUUACGAGAAGAUCUAUGGUCAGCGAUAUCGCCCCGACAUCGAGGGAGACCUCGUCGUACGUGACGAGUACCUCGGCUGGGUUCCAAGAAGAAGCGAGAUCGACUAUUAUGGUGUCACAUUUGAUCACCUAAUUCCUGCGCACGAUCAGGAUCCCGAGGUGCUUCAGAUUAACAUCAUUGAGAUGGAUGAGGACAAAGGCGCAUACGCAAAUCAAUAUCUGCCGUUUCAUGUCGACUGGAAGGACUAUGCUGGCAAACGGAUCUUGGCUGUCCCUAGAUGCUGCCAGCGAAGAAUUGGCUCCACAGAUCGACGGAAAAUCAACGAUGGAGUGAAUUGGAGGGACAAUGCAACAAGACAAACAGCUUUAGACAACGGCCAUCCGUACUAGAUUCGAUGGAUAAUGGAUUCAGCAGAGCUACGUCGGUCACACAAAUUCAACAUUGUGCAUCACGCAGCGGCGCUGCGUCAAGCUUGAACAGUGACAAAGAUGCUACGGCCGAGGCAGAUAACCCUGAUUGUCCCGCAUCAACCAACAUGUGCACUACGGAG